UCAACUCCCAACCCUCAUCUCAUUCCCAUUUCCUCUCAUCUUCCUUCACUCCCUUGUCUCAUUCCUCUCCCAAGUUUCUCACUUUUUCUCACAUCCCCAAUCAGCAAUUCGGUUCCUUCUUGGGUCCCAACCCAAUUCGGAUUUCGUUUCUGGGUUUCCCUGAUUUCGACUUCUGCACUUUCCCCUUUGAAGCUAAAAUUUUCGUUCCUGGGAAGCUGAAUUCCACGCACUGGCGAUGCGUCUGUGACACAAGCUCCCGAAUUGGAGACAAAGCCUCAAACUUUUCCAUUCAAUUUUGGUUUUUAGCAACUGGGUCUGUGAUCUUGUGUGUGUCACUGUGUGAGAAUGCGCACCACCGCGGAAUUUCAGGGUUCUGUUCUGAAUCUUCGUGGCGUUCAGGUUCACUCCAUGGAGGGUUCAAGCAUGGAUCAAGAGCUUGAUGUGUUUCAGAAGCAUGUGACGGAGCGGUUCCUGGAGCUAGCUUCAGUUGAAAGUGGCGAAUUGCUCUCUCUUUCGUGGGUGAGGAAGCUUCUGGAUUCGUUCCUCUGUUGCCAAGAGGAGUUCAAGGCGAUUCUCCACAACCACAGGGGUCAUGUUUCGAAGAACCCUCAGUUGGAUCGCAUGGUGGGUGAGUUUUUCGAGAGAAGUGUGAAGGCUCUUGAUGUGUGCAAUGCGGUUCGUGAUGGGGUUGAACAGAUUAGGCAGUGGCAGAAGCUGUUGGAUAUUGUUCUAUGCGCAUUGGAUUACAAGAGGAGCAUUGGUGAGGGUCAAUUUCGCCGCGCCAAGAAGGCGCUUAUUGAUUUGGCCAUUGGAAUGCUUGAUGAUAAGGACUCCAACUCAAACGGUUCCAUAGCACAUAGGAACAGGUCAUUUGGUAGUAGAAACAACAAUGCUUCAAGGGAUCACCACCACAAUUCCUUGGGUCAUUUUAGGUCACUUUCUUGGAGUGUGUCAAGGAAUUGGUCUGCUGCUAAGCAGCUCCAAGCCAUAGGGAACAACUUGUCCCCUCCUAAGGCCAAUGAUCUUGUGGCCACCAAUGGCCUUGCUUUGCCUAUUUAUACAAUGAGUUCUAUUCUGGUGUUUGUGGUGUGGGCCCUUGUGGCUGCCAUUCCCUGCCAGGACCGUGGGCUUGGGCUCCAUUUCUCUGUGCCAAGGCAGCUCCCGUGGGCGGCUCCGGUGGCGGCGCUGCACGAGCGGAUCUUGGAGGAGUCGAAGAAGAGGGAGAGGAAGAACUCUUGUGGGCUGCUGAGGGAGAUUCAGCAGAUUGAGAAGUGUGCUAGGGUGAUCAAUGAUUUGGCUGAUUCUGUGCAGUUUCCUUUGAGUGAGGAGAAGGGGGAGGAGGUGAGGCAGAUAGUGCAAGAUGUUUCAAGGGUUUGUGGAGCCUUGAAGGAUGGCUUGGACCCUCUUGAACGCCAAGUGAGGGAGGUGUUUCGCCGGAUUGUGCGCGACAGAACUGAGGGGCUUGACACUCAUGGUAGAGGGUAAAAAGGAAAAACCAUUGUUUGUUUGUUGAUGCUUAACAUUUUCAUUUGAGGGCAUAGCCUGAUUUUGUUUUCAUAGAUAAGUGAAAUUUGUGAAUGACUAAAAAGAUGACCGGGAGGAUAACCAAGGAGUGAUUGUAGGAUAUGGUGAUUUGAAUUGAGGAUCAUGAUAAUUGUGUGGUAUGUAAAGGGGGAGGAUUCUUGUAUCUAUGAACCACAUAAAAAUGUAGAGUUUAGGAUAUUGGAAGUGUAGACCUUUGUGGUCUAUGCUUUUUUUUUUUUUUUCUUCUCUCUUUGUGUUGUGAUGUGGCUUAUUGUAUAAUCAGUUUUCUCAGUAUUUUGCUGCAUCCUCAUUAUAGCUGAUUCUGAUCGUGAGUAUGUGUAAUUCAAUACUUUUUGCUUAUGUAGCUCCUACCUAUACUGGCAAACAUGUUCUUGCUGUUAUUUUU